AUGUUAUAUAAAUUUGGAUUAGAAGCAUUUAAUGGAUCAAUCGUAAGUUUAGCUGCAAAUCGUUAUGAUCGAGAUGCAUUUAAUAAUGCUAAUGUAGCUCGAACAUUUGAAAAAGUUGGUUUAUUAGUUGGUCUUAAUCAAGCAUGUCAAUGUAUUGGAUCGAUUUUAAUAGCUCCAUUAAUAAAACGUUGGCCAACACGAACUGUUUUAUCAAUAUCAAUAUUUAGUUUUGCAUUAUUUACAGCAUUACUUAUGAUUAUUGAUGCAGCAACUGGAGGAAAAAUAAAACCAUCAAAUUUUCAAGCAAUGCAUGAAAAUGAUUUUAGUUAUUAUGGAAAAUAUCCAACAAAUGUAAUUAUUCCAAUUUAUUGUAUAACAGGUAUUGCUUAUGGAAUGGUUGAAUUAAUUCGACGAAUAAUUCCUGGUGAUAUUGUUGGAAGUGAUGAAGAAAAAUUACAAAGAAUGGAUGCUUUAGUUCAUGUUUUUUAUGAAAUAGCUGGAGUUUCUGGAGCAUUAAUAACUGGUCUCAUUUUAAUUCCACGUCUUGGAAAUAAUUAUUCAUUUUUAAUAACACCAAUUCUUUUUAGUUUAUCAGCAAUAGUUUGGAUAUUAAUUAAUUCAUUUGAAACUAAAACAACUAUUGAAGAUGAACAAUUUGCAAUAGAUAAUCAAAAUCAUAAAACAAAUUAUUUUAAAGCUCUUAUUAAAGGUUUUAUUCUAUUUGGUGAAUCGGUUUAUAUUGGAGCAAAAAUAAUAUUUACAAGUCGAAAAUAUUUUUGGUUAUUUCCAUGUUAUUCAUUAACACUUUAUAUUCAUCGUUAUAUUGAAAAUGGUAUUGCUCCUCAAAUAGCUAAAAGAUAUCUUCAAAAUUCUGAAUGGUCACAAAUUAUUGUUGGAGGAUCAAAUUUUGGAGAAUUAAUUGGAGCUUUAUUUGUUUUUUUCUUAACUAAAAAAAUUCGAAGUCCACUUGUUUGGUUAAGAUUAGAUUCGAUUUUAUUAUUUAUUGUUUGGUAUUUACCAUUUUAUAAUCCAUCUUCAAUUAGUGUUAAAAAUGCUUGGAUUAUAGCAUUAUCAUUUAUUCCAUUUGGAUUUGGUUCAGCUGGUGAUGAUGUUUCAUUAAAUGCACAUAUACAAGCAUCUUUAAGUAAACCACAAUUAAAAGAUAAAGAUGUUUCAUCAUUAGGAUCUGUUAUGGCUUUUCUUUAUUCAUCUUAUAUUAUUCUUUAUGCUAUUUUAAAUCCAUUACUUGGAAAAUAUAUUGAUUCUGUUUAUAAUUCAAAACAAACAAUAAGACCAGCUUUUAUUUUUACUGCUGGUGUACAAACAACAAUUAUUUCAAUUAUAGUUUUUCUAUCGACAUUUAUUCCAAAAGGUUCUUUUAAAUUAAAUCCAACGUUAGAAUAA